AUGACUGAUCGGCGGAGAAUCAACGGGCCGCCCGGCGCAACAUUGCCACCGGUCUACGAUAUCAGCAACCAAACCUCGGCCUCUCGGGCAAGGCCAGGAAAUACCAUUCGGGGCUUGUUCCUCAAGACUGGCGUGACCCCGACGGCAUCGGGUUCAGCCUACAUGGAAAUCGAACCGCCUUACGGUCAUGUGAGCUCAAAGUCCAAGGUCAACGGGAUGAAGCUCAUCUGCACCGUUCAUGGGCCUCGUUCCCUCCCACGAUCUGCACCAUUCUCACCCUAUUUGGUACUCUCAACCCACGUCAAAUACGCUCCUUUCGCUACGCGUCAACGCCGCAGCUAUCUUCGCGACUCGAGUGAAAGGGACAUCAGCGUCCACCUUGACACGGCUCUUCGUGGAGUCAUCAUCGCUGACCGAUGGCCCAAGAGUGGCGUUGAUGUUAUUGUUACCAUCAUCGAAGGUGAUCAGGAGCGAGAAGCCUCUCAUUUUCAAGGCAACGAGGAAUGGGAUAUGAUGAACGUUCUCAGUGGGUGCGUCACCGUUGCCGCAGCCGCUCUUGCGGAUGCUGGCAUUGAUUGUGUGGACAUGGUCACAGGCGGUGUUGCAGCUCUUGUCGCUUCAGAUAAGGGCGACACGAACACGCCAUCCAUUGUGCUGGAUCCAGUCUCCCUGGAACACGAGAGUAUUCUGGCUGCCUGUUGUGUUGCCUACUUGCCCAAUCGCGCUGAGAUUACCAACCUCUGGGUAAAAGGCCAACUUCCGCCGUCCGACGCGUCGUUGCAUACAAAACUCAUAGGCCGUGCCAUUCAAGCUUCCAAGGGCAACUACCGUGCUGUUCUUGAAAGACUACAAAACAACCAACCGCCUAACAGCUAG